UUGUUCCAUUUCUUCUUGAUGAUUCAUUUCUUAUCUUUGUAGGGGAUGUCUAAGACCUUAAUAGCGGGUGGCUUGGCUGCUACAACCUUUGUGGCAUACUGCGUUUAUUUCGACUAUAAACGCAGAUCAGAUCCUAUGUACAAGACGAAGCUUCGAGAAAGACGGCGGGCCGAGCGCAACAAAUCCAAGGAGGAUGAGUUAGAUAUCCCCAUGCCAAAGUCUAUGGACCCACCCUCAAUACAGAAGUUCUUCAUGGAGCAAGUUCAAGUCGGCGAAGAGAAACUUGGCAUGGGAGACUUUAAGGGAGCAGUGAAACAUUUCGCGUCAGCAGUUUUACACUGUGGGCAGGGGUACCAAUUACUACAGAUCUUACAGAGUACCAUGCCCCCUGAGGCGUAUAAAAUGUUUAUGGAAUUCCUUCCGAAAGCUCAAGCUAAAUACAGCCGGAAAAUGUCGAGCAAAGCGCCCCCCAAUUCGAAAGAAGCACCUCCCGCACAAGCGAAAGCUGCAACCGAACGCGUUAUCGCAGAAGAGGCAGUGGAUUGAUAUUUUUAAAGUAACGCGACCUUCAAAAUUUGAUCUCCGCAGCCUUGAUGAGCUGUCCGGUAGUGUCUGCGACACGUGUUUAUUUUGUAUACAGUGAAUCCAAGAGUUUAAUUUAUUGUGGGGCUGGAGCCGAAUAACGUUGAUUGACCGGAUAGAGGAGUUGUCUCGAAUGAUCGCUUUUAAAUUCAUACUUUAAGUUAAAAUCAUGCUAGAAGUUUUUUAUAACUUAUUAUCUUCUCAUUAGAUUCAUACUGCUUCUGAAUUUUAUAGACAACUUAAAUAAUUGGGUACAGAAUGCACUUGUUUGGUACGGAAUGUACUAGUUCGGUAAUGAUUUCGGUAAUUGUUUGAGAUCUCGAGCAUGUUGACAGAUAAUGUGUAAUUUAUCUUCUCACUGAUUUUAUACAACUUA